UCAUUUAUUUCUACAUUUACGCGACAUACAUUUAUUUAUUUAUGUAUUUAUGUGUCCGUAUGCUAAUGAGGUGGGCGGUCCUAACCUCAGUCUGAAGCAGGAUUCGCCAAUUGUUGGAGCCAGGCAGAAGCAAUAGAUUCGUGGCAAGUCACAUCUGUACAUUCUGUGUACAUUGUCGGCAACUCGCUAAUAAUGGCUUCGGCUGGAAGGGCGCUGGCAGACCUUCUGCGGGAUGCGGCUAACCAGCUUGAAAACUUUUUGUACCCAAUGUGGCGCUAUGUUAUGUUUUGUGCAGCACCAAGGACCGCUAACGCGCCAGUUUCGUCUCCUCCUCCUCAUCCGUUACAUAACGGGACUCCCAGACACCCAGUGGACGCCGAAGUUUCAAGACUGUUUGGCCCCUACAUGGGAGGGAGGAGGACGGCAGGGCGGCAAACCCUUUCUGGUCCUGCACACCUGCAUUCUUAUACCCAUUUAUUCUGUUGCCUUGAGGACAAGAAUGCAGCCUUAGUCCCCAACCGAUACGCCAAAGAAAGACUCGCUGCUGCUGGCUUUGGUGAAAAACGGCUCACAUUUAAAGGCAGCCAUACAGAUUCAAAUGAAUUCCUCGAAUUCUUGAUGGAUGCCUAUCCAAAACUGCGGAACGGUGGCGGUUUCGAGUUGCUAAAAAUAUCUGGCACUACGAGAAGUCGCCACUUGAUUGUGAUCCCCUGUCCCAAUGAGGGUUACUAUGUCAGAUAUUUGAAGGACCCUCAGACCCAGAUUGGCCAUUCUACGGUUUUCAUUAGACCAAUGCAAAGAACCCUGAAUUUGGACCCUGCAUGUCGAUCAGAAGGCGACAACGUGUUAAUUGGACCAAAUCAGAAAUGUGUCAUCUGUGGAGAGGAGUUCCCCUUUUCCAGAAUCAAGGAUCACAGCAAUAACUGCACGAGACCAUCACAGAGCAGCGGUGAGGUACAGAUUGAGUUGACAACUGAAAGGGCCUCCGGAAGUCAAGUUAGAUUUGAAAGCACGUUCACAGGAGCACAGGGAAAUGAGACAACAAGGGCCAGGAACACAAGACACUCGGUGCCACCUCAGGAAAUGUUGCCUUCUCCUGAGGUAGUUGACAUCGAUCCCACUGAGGAAAGUGGCUUCUCUGAUUGGAGAAUAGCGCCAGAUCCCACAGAGGCAGCAAAGAUGUUUAAAGAAGACAUUUUAAGCCAGCAUGCAACUGGAAAAUCCUUGUGUCUUACUAUGGAUCUUGGAGACAGUGCAGCGGAAAGGGAAAGAGCAGUCCUUACUUUUUAUAAGAAGGCAAAUGUUGAGUGGGCUUGCCCCUUGACAUGCACACUUAAGGGAGAUCCAGCCAUUGGUGAUGGUGUGACUCGGCAUUUCUUUGCAACCAUCAUGUCAAAACUUCAGGCUGGUUUUGAGAUGAAGUUUGUGCCUGGAGGAACUCUUCUUUUUGAAGGAGAACAAGAUCAUCUGAUUCCCUCCACUUCUCAUCUCCUUUUGGAGAGUGACUUCUUUGUUGUUGCUGGCCGAAUGAUUGGACAUUCAUUCCUCCAUGAUGGGCCAUGCCUAGGUGGACUGAGCCCAGCUGUCCUGCAUGUGCUCUUUGGUGGAUCCCCGGAAGAAGCCACAAUAGAUAUUAGGGACUGUGUUGACCUUGAUAUCCGUGAGACAAUCAAGUUGCUGGAGGGAACAGCAGAGUUAUCAUCAGAAGAAAAAAAGCUCAUCAAUGAGUUGGCACUGUCCUGGGAUUUGCCUCUAGUCACAUGUGACAACAGGAGAUGGCUAUUUGAUAAACUGAUCCUCCAUGCUGUCCUUGGAAGAACCUCCAGACAAGUCAAGCAGUUACGAAGGGGUUUAAAAGAGACACUGAUCUGGCCUCUGCUGACGGAGAGGAAAGACACGAUUCCCCUUCUCUUUCCAAGAGCAUCUGAUUUGCAGUGCACACCACGGAUGGUGUUGGAGAAGAUAAACUGGCCCACACAGGAUGAGGAUGAAGACAGUGAAGUCUCUUUGGAGGAUUCCUGUAGGCUCACAGGAUUCCUGCGCACAUUUAUUGAGAUGGCAUCUCCCGUUAUCCUUGGGAAACUUGUGCAGUUCUGGAUAGGAUGGAAUGUGCUUCCUAGACAUGGCCUGGAUGUGACCGUGGUGGAGAGCAACUUCCCCAGCUCUUCCACAUGCUUUCACCAGCUGAAACUUCCAGGACAUUACAAAGAGUACUGUAUGUUUGAAAGGGACAUUCUUGCUGCUAUUUGGAGCACUGAAACUGGGUUCGGGAUGGUCUGAAGAGACGGACACACCUUAGUACUAGAUUUGUUGUCUUUUGUUUGGCCGGCCAAAAAUGUAUGUUUUCAGAGAGGAAAAAAAACUCAGUUAAUGCCUAUACUCCGGCCAGUUUGUGUAACACUGAAAAUAUAUAAAGAUAAACAUGCUUUCCUUGUUAUUGCACAUAACAAAGAAAGCAUGUUUAUCUUUAUAUAUUUUCAAAGUUUUAAAUUGAUAUUCGUUACAAAAUGUUCAUUAACUGUAACAAAUGUAUAUUUCUUGAUGCAUUACAGUAAGUGUUGAUUCACAACAAGCAUAUGUUCAGUGCAACACAUGUUUCAAAUGACUACUGAACGUAACUUCAUUACCAUCUAAUUUUUAUUGUAUUAAAAUCGAAAUAUACUGAAUCUUG